GACCGCCGCCGCAUUAACGCGCCUCCGGGUGGAACAGCACCUCCAGUUUUCGCAACCCCUCCAGAUCUCAAUCUCUCCCGACCAACACGAACACGACAACCGGACGAACACCGCAAAAUCUUCCUCCGGACCGGCGUAGUCCCUUCAGCAAGCGGCAGUGCCUACUACGAAAUCCCUCCCGAAACUCCAAGCACAUCAAACGAUAUCCUCGUUCCCUCAUCGUCGAGCUUGAAAAUCACAUGCACCGUCCACGGCCCCCGCCCUCUGCCCCGAAAUGCAGCUUUCAGUCCCAACAUGCUGCUAACGACACACGUCAAAUUCGCACCUUUCGCCACCCGGCAGAGGCGAGGCUACGUACGGGACGCGAGUGAGCGAGACUUGGGCGUGCACCUGGAGACUGCUUUACGAGGGGUGAUUAUCGGCGAGAGGUGGCCGAAAAGUGGAUGCGAGGUUGUGAUCACUGUGCUGGAAGGGGAGGAGGAUGGAUGGUGGGGCGAGGCGGGAAAGGGAGGGAAAGGUGGAGGUUGGGGCAUGAUGAAUGUGUUAGCGGGAUGUAUCACCGUGGCGAGUGCGGCGCUGGCGGAUGCGGGUAUUGAUUGUGUGGAUUUGGUGUCGGGGGGUGUGGCGGCGUUGACGGGUGAUGGGAAGGAGGGAUUCGUGUUGGACCCGUCGCCUUCGGAGCAUGAUAUCAGGGCAGCGUGUGUGGUCGGGUAUUUGCAGUCGAGGGAUGAGAUUACGGAGUUAUGGUUGAAGGGUGAUUCGGGGGCGCAGUCGGAGAUGCUGAUGGAUCAGGCUGUCAAGGCUGCGACUCUGACGAGGACUGUGUUGGCGGAGGCUGUGAAGGAGGCUGCGGAG